AUGAGCAAUGGAAAAAGCGUCACCCACACCGUCACUGCACUGAAGCGGUGGUCAUGUGAUGACAAGGACUUACCAAAUGUAUCACAGAUCAAGGCUGUUCACGUCUAUGACUUCGACAAUACGCUCUUUGCAAGCCCAUUGCCCAACAAGUCACUCUGGAACGGUCCUACGAUUGGACAGCUAGGAUCCCCAGAUAUCUUCGUGAACGGAGGAUGGUGGCAUGACGCCUCGAUACUGGCUGCAACUGGCCAAGGCGCCGACAAGGAGGAAGCAAGAGCAUGGGAAGGCUGGUGGAAUGAACAGAUUGUCAAUUUGGUCGAACUCACCAUGCAGCAGAAAGACGCGCUGUCCGUAUUACUCACUGGUAGAUCCGAGAGCGGCUUUAGCGAACUCAUCAAGCGCAUGGUUCGAAGUAAGAGACUGAAUUUCGAUAUGGUUUGCCUGAAGCCAGCUGUAGGUCCAGCUAACCAGAGGUUCUCGAGCACCAUGCAUUUCAAGCAGGAACUGCUGAGUGAUAUCGUGUACACCUACAAGGAUGCGGACGAGAUUCGAAUAUACGAAGACCGGCCGAAGCAUACCAAAGGAUUCCGCGAUUUCUUCUUCGGCUUCAACAAGGCCCUACGUUCAGGAGAUGGCCCUAUCCCGCGUAAACCCAUAACAGCAGAAGUUAUCCAAGUCCCCGAGAACGCUACAAGCCUCGACCCCGUCACCGAAGUCGCCGAAGUCCAAAAGAUGAUCAACUCUCACAACCUCAUCAUCCGCGCAGGCAACGGUCCUCAUGGCGCCCACCCCCUCAUGAUCAAGCGCACAGUCUUCUACACUGGCUACAUGAUCCCGCCCGCCAUGACCGACAAACUCACCACUCUCGUCAACCUUCCCCCCAACAUGCCCGAAGGCGAAGUUCGCUUCCUUGCCAACAGCAUCCUCAUCACCCCCAAACCCUGCCCCCACAGCAUCCUCGACAAAGUCGGCGGCAUCGGCAACAAGGUCUUCUGGCGCGUUUCCGGCAUCUCCGUCUUCGAAAACCGCCUCUGGGCCGCGCGUGUCGAGCCCGUUCCCUCUACUCAAAGGUACUACUCCGAGAAUCCUACGCCCACCGUCGUGCUUGCCCUCCGCCGCGGCGCGAAGCCCGCCGAUGCGGUCAGGAUCCAGAACUGGCAGCCCGUCUCGGACGACAAGGCGUUCGAGUUUGAAAGCGUCGUCGGCGAGAAGGUGCUGCUGCGUGUUGAGGCAGAGAUGCGCGACGAGAGCGAGUGGGAGAGCUACUUCCCGAGCAAGGGCAAGCGGCUACAUCCGCGUGAGGAGGAGGAAGGGCAGGGCCGCGAGCGCGAGUGGCAGCCGAGGGAGCGGAAUGAUCGGCGGGAGCAGGGAGACAGGAGGCAGGGUGGUGUCUCGGCGAACUACCGCGGUGGGAAUCAGAGCCGUGGACGUGGUCCACAGAGGGGUGGGCCGGGCUAUGGCGGCAGAGGUGGGGGUGGAGGCGGAAGAGGAGGGGGAUACGGAAGGGGUGGCGGUGGAGGUGGAGGCGGCGCUAGGAGCCGUGGGAGGAACGGACCGUCGCAGUACAAGAGCUUGGACGAUGUUACGGAUAAGAACUUCGGACAUGCGAGCUACGACGAUAGCCCUUACAAUGCGUAUUGA